UGUUAUGUUGUACCAAAUCAGCUAAAGAGAGAGAGAGAGAGCUUCAAUCGGUUUUAGUGGAGGCUUCCCUUUCUUUCUUUGAAACCCUCUUGGUGUAGGAUCCAAUGCCUCUCUCUCUCUCUCUCUCUCUCUCUCUCUCUCUCUCUCUCUCUCUCUUUCCUUUUUUUCUCUUCAAAUAAGCUCCAGGAAAUUCCAAACCUAUUAGGAUUAGGAAAAGAAGGUGAAUUUGAUCAUUAUAUAUAUGUGGUUUAAUUCUCUAUAAUUCCCUCUCUAAAUCAUCAGCCUUCUCUUCCCAUCAUUGAUUCCCAUAUCCUCAUCAUCUCAAUCAUCUUUCAUGGAGUCAAAACUGGUCAACCGGAUCUCCGGUCUAAAAGUCUCCAAUUCAGAUCCUUGUUUCCAUCAUGAUCACGAUGAUCAAACCCAGAAACCCACGUUGGAAAAUCCCGAACAGCCCUCGGAUCACGAUCAUGCGCUCCAUGAUCACCCACAACAGGAACAACCCAAGAACGGCGCGGAUCACAUUAACACUCCCGCAAAGAAAAAACGCCGAACGACGGAGUCGGUUGAAGUAGAAGACGAUGACGACGGGUUCAAAACGCCGACGUCGCAGGAGCACAGAAUCCCCCCGAUGACAAAAUGCCCGCCUGCGCCAAGAAAACCGCUGCGGAAGAGAAAGGUGGUGACGUCAUCGUCGCCCAGUCGCAGAAGGAUCCAAUUCCAUUUCGAUCAUCUGGACACAAAAGAACUGGAAGCAUUCUUUGCGUAAUUUUCUUCUCCAGGAUUUGUGCGCCAAGAUCAAGAAAGCCAAACAAGCUCAUCGCGACGAAACCCGGUGAUUAAUUAGUCGAUUAAUUGUACCAUUAUUGUUAAUUUUGUUCAUGAUGUUCAUGGUAACAAAGUUAAUACAUAAUUCAUAAUUAAGAUUUUAAUUUUGUUGUUGGGUGAGAUCUUGGUUAAAGCUCAGAUGACGUUGUAAAGUUGGGAAAAGAUGAAAGAACAAGUACAGAACGACCAAGAAAAGAGACGCAUUGAAAGAUAGAUAGAUAGAUAGAUAUGCUCUUUUGUGCUCGAGGUGUUAUUCUCGUUUAAUAAAAAUUAAAGUUUGAUAUA